GCACAGCCUUUACACACAGCGUCUCUGUCCAGUACGUCUGUUGACACUUCCAUCGCCAGGCAACAGAAGCAUGAGACGAGGGGCACUGGUAAUCCUUGCUCUCCUGGGGGUGAGCUCUGCCCUCUCCCCCUCCACAUACCUCACCCCAGCUGACAAGGAGAGGCUGAAGCUAGUCCUAGACCCAGCGUGGUCUCUCUCAGACCUCGCACAAGUCCUUUAUGCUUCAGCAGGCUACAAGCACUUAGGCCAGCCCAUCCCCAAUGAACAGGGAGUUUGCAAUUUCGUCAAGAGCUCUGCUGGUGAUGGAGCAACAGUCGAAACUCUGUUUUUGGCUUCCUCAGCCGGCAAAGCACUUGGGUGCCCUGUGGCAGCCACUGCAGCCUCCAAGCAGGCUGUAAGUGAUGCCAUCCGAGAAGGGGCCUCUCCCCUGGAGCUCUUCCAUGCUGUCACUGCCGCCACAAAUCUCGGGGUUGAGGUAGAUGUUGCCAAGGUCUUGAGGGCCACACAGAUGGCUUUGAAGAAGGAUGACAGCGUCCUCAGCUUGGGCUAUGCCUUCCACGUUGGGUCUCAGCUCCGUGGGGAAGUCAGCAGCAUCUUCGAGAGGAUUGAGGAUGCUAUAGUUCAGGCAGAUGAAGUUGAUGGGCGGAUGCUGCAAUUUGAAGGAGGAUUAUCAAUAACUGCCCUGGUCUUAAGUGGUGCCUACAAACUGGCUGAGAAUUCAAACAAGGCUCCACCAAUCAAGCCUGACCAAGCCGUCAAGUUUGCCAAUUACCUGAUGUCGCGCAAGUCUGUGCAGGUGCCCAAGGGGGUCUACUACCUCUUGGAAGCUGUGUCCAUGUUCACCAGCAACAGGUUCCAUAUCCCAGUUGCCAUCACACUGGCCAGUAAUGUAGCAGUUAGUGCUGAUGCUCCUCGUGUCCAGGUACGUGUAACAGACCUGAAGGGCAGCAGUCUUGGUUCCCUACGCGUUGUUGCAGAUUCUGCCACGCGUGACUCGGAUGAGGUUGUCAUAGUGUCCAAGGAGGAAUUGUCUCCACUUGCUGGCCAAGACGGAGUGUAUGAAUUUGAUGUGAUGUCCCGCCAGCCAGAGCGAGGCUUUUACCGCCUGGUGGUGAGCACCGUCACCUCGGAUUCACGCCUGGUUGGUCACAUGGCUGCUCAGCUUACCUUCAAGGUUCUCACAGCCAUUGAUAUCCAGGGUGUCGAGGUGGGAACAGCUGACUCCGACCGCUCCACAGCCCCAAGCCUGCAGAAGUUGACUUACCCUAAUAAGCUACCCAGUGAACUUGUAGCCGACCAGCACCAGCGCGUGUUGCUGCGCUUCAUCGUGCGGGACCUAGCAUCAGGGCGUUCAACUGAGGUCCAUCAAGCCUUCGUCAAAAUCACACACAUUGAGUCCAAGCGUGAAAUUAUAUUUGUGGCCGAGACAGACUCAAAUGACGUCUACAAGUUUGAUAUGGAUGUCAGCAAUAACGUCAAGGAGUUUGGUGGAGUUAGUGGCUCAUACUCUAUGGAGCUGAUCAUUGGUGAUGCGUCCAUCAGCAACCCAACCCUGUGGCAUAUUGGGGAUGUCUCCCUUUCCUUCCCUGAGGGCAGUGUGUCUACCCCAUCCCAGGACUACACUUAUAAGGCUCGUCCAGAGAUCCAGCACGAGUUCCGCAAGCCCGACCCUCGUCCCUCUACCCUUGUGUCCCUGACUUUCACCAUGUUGUGUCUAGUGCCUCUGUUGCUGCUCUUGGCCAUGUGGGCAAAGCUUGGCGUAAACCUCGCCAAUUUCCCUGUAUCUUUGUCAGCAGUUGUAUUCCACGUUGGUCUUGCAGCUAUUAUGGGACUCUUCUGCUUGUUCUGGCUCCAACUAGACAUGUUCACCACCCUCCGCUAUCUGUUCAUGGUGGGCGUCGUCACCUUCUUCUCAGGGAACUCGAUGCUGUCAAACAUCGCAGCUAAUAGGAAGGAGUGAGUAUCAGCCUCCCUCUGGCC